AAAAGUAAAACAAACCCAUUCAUCAUUCUUUCCAUUCAUUCACUCACAAUUCACUUCGCAUUUCCAACAAACCCUUCAACCCAAAUCCAAUACCAACAUCACUCUUCUUAUUCUCUUCCAUCAUUCAACCUUUUUUUCUCUAUAAAAUCCCUCACCCUUUCACCCAAUAUCAUACACAACACACCUAUCAUAUAGGUUGGUUGAAUGUUGUGAACAUACAAAAAAUGGGUUCAUGCCGUGUUUUUAUGAUCCAAGUCUUCAUACUGGUUUGUCUUUUGGUUCAAUGCUUUGAUGCCAAAGUGCAUGCUGAUCUUAAUGCUGCAACACUUGUUGUAGAUGCUUCUCAGGCUUCUGGUAGGAGAAUACCAGAUACUCUUUUUGGAUUAUUCUUUGAGGAAAUCAAUCAUGCUGGAGCUGGUGGACUGUGGGCUGAGCUUGUGAGCAACCGAGGAUUUGAAGCUGGGGGCCCCAACACUCCUUCAAAUAUUGAUCCUUGGUCAAUUAUUGGAAAUGAAACGAAUAUUAAUGUUGAAACGGAUCGUACGUCUAUCUUUGAACGUAACAAGAUUGCAUUCCGAUUAGAGGUGUUAUGCGACAAUACCUGCCCCGCUGAUGGUGUUGGCGUUUAUAACCCUGGCUUCUGGGGCAUGAAUAUUGAGCAAGGGAAGAAAUAUAAAGUUGUUUUCUAUGCUCGUUCAACUGGGCCACUUAAUCUAGCAGUUUCGUUCACUGGACCUAACGGCGUGGGAAACCUCGCUUCAACCGUGAUCACGGGUUCUGCAUCUGAUUUUUCAAACUGGACCAAGGUUGAGGCUGUAUUGGAGGCCAAGGCAACGAGUCGAAACUCGAGACUUCAAUUAACGACAACUGCAAAGGGUGUAAUAUGGUUGGACCAAGUGUCUGCUAUGCCAGUGGACACAUAUAAGGGACAUGGUUUCCGAAGUGAUCUUUUUCAAAUGCUGCUAGAUAUGAAACCAAGUUUUAUCAGAUUUCCAGGUGGUUGUUUUGUCGAAGGCGAGGCUUUAAGAAAUGCAUUUCGAUGGAAAGCUUCAGUUGGACCUUGGGAGGAGAGACCAGGGCACUUCGGUGAUGUAUGGAAGUACUGGACUGAUGAUGGAAUUCAAGUGUGCAUUUUAUACAAAGUUAACAAAGGUGAUCAGAAAGGAUGCUUUAACUAUCAGAAGCCUGGUCAUUUUAUAGUUGAUUGUUCGAGGUUUCAGAAGGACAAAGCCAAAAGGGGAAGCUUCCGAAAGAAAAACUUCAGAAGCAAGUUCAAGAAAAUUCUUGUGGCAACUUGGGAUGAACUUUAUGAUGAAGAAGAAAUUGAAAAGAAUGAAGAAGAAGCCAAUAUAGAUUUGAUGGCUUCAACAUUCUCAGACACAAAAUUAGAAGCUGAUCUUAACUCAGAUUCAGAGGAUUCAGAUCAGGGUCGUCUGAUUGACUCUCUGAGAUAUGCUUUUGCUCAUGAUGAUCUGGAGGACAUUCAUGAGAACAUUCUUUCUGCUUCAGUUUUGUCUAACAUGAAGCUUCUAAAGAAGAAUGAAGUGGUGUUAACAAAAGAACCUCUCAAAAAGCCUCAUAAGAAGAAGAUUGUACAUCAGAAGGAGAUUCAGAAGGAGAUUGAAGAGGUAGUCUCUUCCAUUGUCUUGAUGCCCUUUAAGACAAGAAGUGGAAAAACUCCUCAGAUGUCAUCUUCAUCUUCUAUCAUCACUAAAGCACCUGUGAAGAAGAGGAAGUUAAGAAAGAUGAUUCUUCCUUCUGAGUCUGCUGAGGAAGGGGAAGAGAAUGAGGAGGAAACCAAGGUACCUUUUGUCAGGAAGACAAAGGUUGCAGAUACUGGAGACCAAAAGGUUGUACAAGGAGCCAUUCAGAGGGGAGUACAACUAAUUUUCUAUGCUCUGAUGGAUCAAGAAAAGGAACAACCUGCAACUUCUGAAGCUUAG